AUGGAAACCAAUUAAAGUUGGAUAAAUUUAAUUAUACGUAUUAAUACAUAUGAGCGGCUUUAAAUUUGCAAAUCUUUUUUUAUCUCGAUUUAUAAAUUUAGGUAUUAUUUGCAAAACAUGCAUCAUUUUUUACCCAAUUAACUCAUCUUUGACUCCUACUCAUCAAUGAAUUACUGGAAUACAUAUCAGAAUCUACAAAACUCUUACUAUAAUAAUAAUUAUUAUGCUUACUAAUAGAUGGCGUGUGCUUAACCUUAACCUUACCCUUAUUAUCAUUAGAAAUUUUCAUAAAAUUUAGAACAAGGUAUUGCUUCUUUCUAAAUAAAUACUAGCAUUUUAUUAUGAAGACCCAAUCUCUACUUAAUGCACUAGAAGAUCAAUCAUAGAACAUUAAGAUGUGAUAUAAUAAGUCACUAAUGAAACUCUCGAACGAUACAUUAUGAUGAUUAUAAAUGAAGACGAAAGUUUUCAUAAUAUAAUAACGAAGCUAAAAAAUAACAAUUAGAUUGCUUUAUGUAAUCUGCUUGAAAUGUUAGCCUAGAAAUAAAAAUGUUAAUAAAAAAGUAGGGAGGAACUUGUUAAAUAUUGCUUAAGAAAAGCAUUGAAAUUUAUAUUCUAAAGAGUAUAAGAAAAAUAUGAUAAAUCAAGUAUUACUUUUAUACAUAUAACAUAGAGACAAAUUUGAAAUCUGCACAAAAAAUAUUCAUGUAAAUUGUAGAGAAAGAAACUCAAAUUAGUAUUAUGCUUCCAUUCAGAAAAAAUAGCAAAAAUAAAACAAUGAAUUCAGAUUUUUUAAAAUAAAUUUUCUCUUCUAAGACAUUUGUUAUUUACUAUAAGGAAUUUUUAUGUAUAAUUAUUACUUAUUUUAGGUUGUCUGGAAUAGGAGAUACAAAAGGAUUCCAAAAAAAAAAUAGCAUCUCUUUGUAAUAAAAUUAUGAAUCAUAUUCGAGAUGAAAAAAAUGUAAUUGAUCAUGUUUAAACAAUUUAUAGUUUGAAUUCGAUGUAAAAAGAUUGCCAUGGUCUUAUUCAAAUGUAGAAAAGGUUAAGCAAGCUGCUCAAGAAAUGUUACUUUAUUCAAAUUUUGAGAUUAAAUGA